CUCAAGGCACCAAAGUGGAGAGCUUCCUUAGUGUAGAGGAACAGACAAUGGCCGAAGAAGAUAUCUAUACUAAUGAUGGAACAACUGAUUUCCGAAACAAACCUACCGUUCUAACAGAAACAGGAACAUGGAAAGCCUGUCCUUACAUCCUACGGCAUGAUAGUAUUAACAAUGUCAGCAUCUGUUCAUGGACUAAAAGCGAGUUGCGAGGAGAAGAAUGUUUGCCAUCCAACAGGAUUGCAAACUGGGGUGCCCUUGUUGCGGCUUCUGUGCUUGUCUGGGUGCAAACAAAUGUGGCUUGGGGUUGGGGGUUCGGCAUCCCCACCGUGACAAUGGCCAUUGCCAUCUUGAGUUUCUUUUCAGGUACACGGCUGGACAGAAAUCAGAGGCCUGGGGCUAGUCCCCUAACUCGUUUCUGUCAGGAAACCGCCGUCAAAGGUAGCCGGGAGCUUGAUCACACAGAGCAACUAAGUAUCUUAGACAAGGCGGCGGUGGAGACUCAAUCCGAUCGAAUCAAAGGGUCGAUAAAUCCAGGGCGGCUCUGCACGGUGACCCAAGUAGAGGAGCUGAAGAGCAUUACAAGACUGCUCCCGAUUUGGGCCACCGGUAUAAUCUUCUCCGCCGUAUGCUGUCCUGGGUACCUUAAAAUGUAUAUUGAAUAAGAGACAUACUAAUAUUUCUCCUUUUUAAAAGGUUAGGCUGAAAAACUAAAAUCAUAAUUAGCUAAUAAAGAAAGAAAAUUACC